AAAUGUUUGAUUCAAGGAGAAUACUCUCUGCCUCUUUUCAAAGCUCCGAUUCCUGCAGAUAUUCUCAAGGAAUGCGUCGACUCCUUCCCUGACUUCAACCAAGUCCUCGUGAAACACGUGAAAGACAAGGCUUCUCCUUUAAAAGACCACAACGGCGCAAGUCUGGAUAUGGCAGUUUGGGACGGAAGGUUCCAAGUGAACGAAGCACCAGAGAUCGACAUCAGGGAAUGGAUGCAGUCGUACGAGAAACAAAUCGAGGACGGGGUCUAUCUCCAAACCCAUCACCAACUCCUGACAGCACUCGGCAAGGAAACCCAAGCGGAAAACCAACGCUCUUUCACGGCACUCAAAAAGGCUGGCACUUACCAUCAAAUCGUCCUUGAAAACCUGGACCCGAAGACCAAAUCCGCUGGGCCGAAAGGAGACACGUUUGAGCAGGAAAAAGCCAAGUUUUUUUCGGAAUGCGACAAGGAAUUCAAGAGGGCUUUCAAUGAAGCUCUGAGCAAAGCUGGUCAAAAGCCUUUGUGAUUCGUCUAUCUUGGAAUAUAUCAGCGA